CGUUCCAUUUUCGAACCAGUCCGAGUUCAUCUAUGCAGUUCGGAUUACUCGCGCUAUUUACGCGUCGCGUUGCGUCCGUGGGAUGCCUGUGUUUAUUAAUUUUUGAAAAAAGAACUUAACUUUUUCUAUUGUGAUCUGUGAACUAUAAUAAAACAAAAUGGCUGUAUCUUUAAUUAGAUUAGGUGUAAGAUCUGUGAUCAGUUUGGAAAGGAGUGCUGUUGUGACUUCUACCAGUGUCCAGAAUCAGUUUAAGUUAAUCCAUACAAAGCCGACGUGCAACGGCGUUGUGUGCUAUUUAAACGAUUCGCCGCAUCAGGUGCAUCCAGCGCACCCGGUGCGAGUUCACCAGCUACAGGGACCGCACCCGCAGAAGUCGCACCUCGAUUUAGCAGACCGCGGUGCUCUGCGCCGGUACAGCAAGCAUCAUGGCCGACCGGAGACCGAUCGGAGGAAACAGUCGGAUUCCGAGUCUGAUUCUGAUUCCGACACUGAGUGCAAGGGAUUUGAUCGGUCUGACUUUUGGCGUCGCAAGAUGCACACGGUGCAUAACAUCCUCGAUGUGGACAAAGACGGGCUGAUCUCGUUCAACGACUUCGUGCUCUUCGCCGAGAGGUUCAAGUCGUUGGGACACCUUGAUGAGAAGCAGGCCAAGGAGUUCAGCGAUAUUAUUAAGUUGACAUGGGAGGAGCAGUGGGGCGCCAUCGACCCGUACAACUUCGUCACCGUGGAGCAGUACCUGGAGGACAUGCACCACGUGCUCAAUGACAAGACGUUGAAGAAGAAGGCGCAUCGCUGGCUGCCUUACUUGUUCAAGGCUGUCGACAAGGACAAGUCGGGGUACAUAUCGGUGAACGAGUUCAAGUUGUUCUUCGAGUGUCUUGGCUUGAACAACGACCACGCCGCCGUCGCGUUCGCGGUCAUAGACAUUAAUGGGGACGGCAAAUUAUCUCUAAAAGAAUUUGUGGAGCUCGGCAAAGACUUUUUCUUCACUGAAGACGAGUCGCGCGUGUCCAAGAUGUUCUGGGGGCCGCUCAUUGAAAUCUAAGUCAUUAUCAUAAGACUGCUAUGUUAUCAUUACCAGUAACAAUGGAAUAUGUAACAUAAUUAGGUAUACGGAUAUUCUUUAGCUUUAAUUUGUUUUGUAUGAGCGAACUUUGUGAGGUGCAAUUUUUUUUGGAAAUGUUAAGGAAGGAGGAAUGAAAAGUAUGUCGAAUAUAAUUCUAAAUAAUGCAACUGUGACUUGGAUGCCAAUAAAGCAAAUUAGAUUUAAAUUUGGUCUUUUUUCAUUGCCUUGGAUUCUAAUAUAGUCGUUAUCAGAUAUAUAAAUACCUACGUUUUUAAAUCACGUAAAUUCAUUGCCUAUCAUUUAAUUUUUAUUUCAUGUGUUAGCUUUUUAAUUAUGAUAUAAUCAGAUACGCAAUGUUCGUUCAUACAAAAUUUGUUUACAUAAGUAUAGUUAAGUUCCAUAAACAUUAACAAUGUUAAUGUAAAAAUAAAAAAAAACAUUCGUUAUCUAUGAAUGUAUGAGUGACAUGGAAUCUUAAUAGAAUCUCAAUAAAAUGAUGAUUAUA